AUGCUUCGGUGUCUGGUGAAGCAGAUCAUGGAAGAGGCGGUGACGAGGAAGUUUGUGCAUGAGGACAGCAGCCACAUCGUGUCCUUCUGUGCUGCUGUGGAAGCCUGUGUCUUGUAUGGCUUGAAGCGGAGGGCAGCAGGAUUCCUGCGCAGCAACAAGAUAGCAGCUCUGUUUAUGAAGGUGGGCAAGAGCUUUCCUCUGGCAGAGGAGCUUUGCAAGAAGGUGCAAGACCUGGAGCAGCUCAUUGAGAAUGCACGAAAUCAAGUCCAGGGCAUCCCGGAGAAUGUGCGCAAGAUGCCAAAGCUGCCCAACCUGUCUCCUCAAGCCAUCAAGCACCUCUGGAUCCGCACAGCCCUCUUUGAAAAGGUCUUGGAUAAAAUCGUGCAUUACUUGGUAGAAAAUAGCAGUAAGUACUAUGAGAAAGAAGCUCUCCUGAUGGAUCCUGUGGAUGGGCCAAUUCUUGCAUCUUUAUUGGUGGGGCCCUGUGCGCUGGAGUACACGAAGAUGAAGACCGCUGACCACUUCUGGACAGACCCCUCAGCUGACGAGCUGGUUCAGAGGCACCGGAUCCACAGCUCGCACUGUCGCCAGGACUCACCCACCAAACGCCCGGCACUCUGCAUUCAGAAAAGGCAUUCGAGUGGCAGUAUGGAUGACCGGCCAUCGCUGUCUGCCAGGGACUAUGUGGAGUCGCUGCACCAGAAUUCCCGAGCCACGCUCCUCUACGGCAAGAACAACGUCCUGGUGCAGCCGCGAGAUGACAUGGAGGCAAUCCCAGGAUAUCUGUCCCUUCACCAGACUGCCGACAUCAUGGCACUGAAGUGGACUCCCAACCAGCUGAUGAACGGCACUGUGGGGGAUCUGGACUACGAGAAGAGCGUGUACUGGGACUAUGCCAUGACUAUUCGCCUGGAGGAGAUCGUCUAUUUGCACUGUCACCAGCAAGUAGACAGCGGUGGAACGGUUGUCUUGGUGAGCCAGGAUGGGAUUCAGAGGCCCCCACUGCGGUUCCCCAGAGGAGGGCACUUACUGCAGUUCCUGUCCUGCCUGGAGAACGGCCUCCUGCCCCAUGGGCAGCUGGAUCCACCCCUCUGGUCGCAGCGGGGAAAGGGGAAGGUGUUUCCCAAGCUGAGGAAGCGAAGUCCCCAGGGCUCCUCCGAGUCUGCGUCCGACAAGGAAGAUGACGAAGCCACAGAUUACGUUUUCAGGAUAAUCUACCCAGGGACACAGUCUGAAUUCGUUACCAUUAAUGGUAAUUUUCAUCCAUUCCUUGCAUCUGUGAUCUUCAUCGGUGCUGUGAGAGGGAAGAUCGCAAGGAUGCCAGCUGCAAGCAAGACGGUGGUGAUCCCUAAAUGGUUUCCGAGUGUCCCCAUCACAUCCCGACCUCCCCUUGCCGCUCUGGGGGCCUCUGGGCGUCAGUUGCCCCAAGACCUGAUGGACACAGCGGGUGCUGGCCUGCCUCCCAUGUGGCAGCCCAGCACCCGCAAGUCCUCCUGCUCCUCCUGCUCUCAGAGUGGCUCCUCUGAUGGUGGCCAUCCAACCGGCUGCAGCCAUGAAAGAGCUCCGCUGAAGCUCCUGUGUGACAAUAUGAAGUACCAAAUCCUCUCCCGGGCCUUCUAUGGCUGGCUGGCCUACUGCAGACACCUCUCCACGGUGCGAACCCACCUAUCUGCACUGGUUAACCACAACAUCGUGUCUCCUGAUGUGCCCUGCAAUGCCAGCUCGGGACUGACUGUGGACAUAUGGCAGAGAUACCUGCAGGACAGCACGAGUUAUGAGGACCAGGAGCUGCUGCGGCUGAUCUACUAUGGCGGGAUCCAGCACGAGAUCAGGAAGGCUGUCUGGCCCUUCCUUUUGGGCCAUUAUCAGUUUGGGAUGACCGAGGCAGAAAGGAAAGAGGCUGAUGACCAGAUCCGCACCUGCUACGAGCACACCAUGGCAGAGUGGCUGGGCUGCGAGGCCAUUGUCCGGCAGCGAGAGAAGGAGUCGCACGCAGCAGCUCUGGCCAAGUGCUCCUCUGGGGCCAGUCUGGAUUCCCACAUUCAGAGGAUGAUGCACAGGGACUCGACGAUCAGCAAUGAGUCUUCGCAAAGCUGCAGCUCUGGCCGACAGAAUCACGCCCGGCUGCAGAGCGACUCCAGCUCCAGCACGCAGGUGUUUGAAUCUGUUGAUGAAGUGGAACAGACUGAAGCAGAUGCUCACCUGGAAGAUGGCAAACAAAGCAAGAUCCCCAACGGGACGGUUCCCAACGGCAUGUGUUCCCCUGAUUCUGGCCACCCCUCUUCCCAGAACUUCUCCAUCGCAUCAGGAUUCUCGGAGCGCAGCUUCAGCAAUGAGGAAAGUGCCCUGGAAACCAACAAAUCCUCAGCCAGCUCUCAGGUAAAGGCCGGUGGGUCCGACGUGCCAGGCCCACAGGACUCAGAUGGUGCCCGGCAGCAGGAGAAGCUGCAGGGCCAAGACAGCCUGGAAGGUGACUUUCCCACUGGUGGAAGCGUGGACUUUGUUUCCAUGGAUGAGAGCUCAGCAGGGGUCCUGCGUGAUCGUGACGCUGUAGCCCUGACUGUGGUAGAGAGCUGGGCAGACAGCGAAGCUGAAAAGCAAAGCUUGGUGGAGAGUGAAGAUAACCUCUCUGAGGAGCCGGAGAUGGAGAGUUUGUACCCGCAGCUGGAUUCUCUGGCUGUAGGUGAUCUGGCCAACAGUGAAACGUCUGCUGUCUCCUCGACAGGUGUCACCUACUCUCCAGAGCUACUGGACAUGUACACAGUGAACCUGCACCGCAUUGAGAAGGAUGUGCAGCGGUGCGACCGCAACUACUGGUACUUCACCCCUGCCAACCUGGAGAAACUCCGCAACAUCAUGUGCAGCUACAUCUGGCAGCACAUUGAGAUUGGCUACGUGCAGGGGAUGUGUGACCUGCUAGCCCCUCUCCUGGUCAUCCUGGAUGACGAGGCUCUGGCUUUCAGCUGUUUCACGGAGCUUAUGAAGAGGAUGAAUCAGAACUUCCCCCACGGGGGAGCCAUGGACACCCACUUUGCCAACAUGAGAUCUCUGAUCCAGAUUCUGGACUCUGAGCUCUUCGAGCUGAUGCACCAGAAUGGUGAUUACACUCAUUUCUACUUCUGCUACCGAUGGUUUCUUCUGGACUUCAAGAGAGAGCUGGUGUAUGAUGACGUGUUCGCCGUCUGGGAGACCAUCUGGGCAGCUGCACACGUUUCCUCUGCGCACUAUGUGCUCUUCAUAGCCCUGGCUUUGGUGGAAAUGUACCGGGACAUAAUCUUGGAGAACAACAUGGAUUUUACAGACAUCAUCAAGUUUUUCAACGAAAUGGCUGAGCGGCACAACACCAAGCAGAUCCUGAAGCUGGCUCGGGACCUUGUCUAUAAAGUCCAGACUCUGAUCGAGAACAAAUGA